GAAGUACUACUACCACGAGUGCGUGACGCUUCGGUUUUUCGAUCAGGGAAAGUCCAAAAAGCCGAACGCGGGAAACAACAAGCUGCUUCUAUGCUGUGCAAAAGUAAUAUCGCACUCUUACUAAUUGCAAAUACGCAUGACAAAUCUUCAUCCUAAGGUAAAACAGCACUACAAAUUUCGUUUUUCUUCUUGCCAAAAUUUGUAAUGCAAUUUAUACUAGUAGUACGGUACUUUUGCAAUGCAUAGCUUCUCAAAGUGGACCACGGGGGUGACCCGGACAAGAUUUCUGACGGGCACAUGGCUAUGAGAGUGCAGAACCCCCCCUCCCCCUCAUUAUUUGUCAUGCAAAAUACCAAACCCACGCUUUGCCUCUUGACACUUUUCGCAUGACAAGUUCUAGAAGCUCAAACAGGGCUAAGAUCCUGGGUGAAUUUGUCAUGCAAAACCUGCAUUCAUCUUGCCGACGCUUGUAUUGCUGUUUAUGCCAUACAAAUGAGGGGGAGGGGGAGUUGUACACUCCCAUAGUGGCAUGCGGCGGAAUAAACAGUUGCUCCUCCGGGGGGUACUGCAAUGCCUGCAAGGUGAUCGGGGGAAAGGACUAUGGCAACUUUGAAGGCGCCUGCUGCCAGUGGCGCUCCACGGACAGCGCCAAUGCCGGGGACUGGCACGCCAGCGACCCGCGGUAUCCACAGUAAAUUUAUUCCCGUACACGACGUACAAAAACAAAUGCGGUCCCUGCAUGACAAAAUUGGGCUUCGAUCCUAGUUUAGCAUGACAAUUGUUACGCCCCAAAAAAUUGGUGAAAUUUGUGACGCACUUUGUCCACGUGUACAGGAAAUUUGUAUUGCAUACGCGGGAGUGCAAGAUUAUCACGGCCCUGAAGGACUGGAGUGUGCAGCACUCUGUGACGGCAGCUAUCAAAUGUAAAAAUGUCUGGGUCUGGAAGAAUGCAACUUGUGAUGCUGCAUUAGGAUUCCAAAAAAAUCUGUAUUGCAUGAGUACCAAAUGGAAUGCAAUUUUUUCUACGCUGAGAAGGCAUUUGUCAUGCAGAAUAGGCAUCAAGAAGCCUUCAAAAAAUCUGUAUGGCUAGGGUAUGCUUAUGCAUCACAGACAUCAUGGCUCAUGCAAAACGUGCAUGACAAAUCUCGCAUUCUUCCAGACCCAGACAUUUUUACAUUUGAUAGCAGCGUACCUGAACCAAGAUUUUGGUGGCUUUCUGAAUAAACCGCAAGGCCACCGCUCCUGCGUCGCUGUACCGAAGUGGGUAUCGAAUGCAAAAAUGUCUGGGUCUGGAAGGUUGGAACUUGUCAUGCUGUUUUUGGAUUCUGAAAAAAUUUGUAUUGCUCGACCAGCAAGAAAGGUCCAGUUUGUGCUACGCGGACAGGACAUUUCUCAUGCAGAAGGCGCAUCAGGAAGCCGUCUAAAAGUCUGCGAUGGUAGGUCAUGCAUUACAGGCCUCAUGGGUCAUGAGAAAUAUGCAUAACAAAUCUUGCAUUCUUCCAGACCCAGACAUUUUUGCACUUCAUAGUGGGUCAGGUCGUACGAGCAGUCCUGCUUGUCAAAAUGCAGCAACACGCUGGGACUGUGCAAUCAAUGCCCAAACCAUCCGACCAACACCAAUCUGUUCGGGGCGUGCUGCAAGAAGGGCGACAACAGCGCUACUCGCCCCUACGAGUGCGGUCUCGUCCAGGGCGGUUUUUCCUUCGCGGAUCGGCUGAAAGACACGGCUUAUGGGAACACGUUUUUUGUAGAAGAUAUGGCGUUCUCAAACGUUACAUUCUCAACUGUUACAUGAAUUUGUGAUGCAAGAAUCGCAAAAGUUAAAGGAAGGACCUUGCGCGUCUUGCAUGACAGAUUUGGCGCAGAUUCUCAGCCUGUUUGGCCGUCUGAGAAUUUGUCAUGCGAAGCAGCUUGAUGGCGUUAUUAGUCAAGGUAAUUUUGCAUGACAAAUCAUGUAACAGUUGAGAAUGUAACAGUUGAGAGCGCCAUAGAAGAGUGUGUGUACGUACAAACGACCACCACUACGACUACCCCGGCCCCGGUCCACUGCGUGGGCCGGUGGGACCCUGCCGAGGAUAUCGCAACGCUGAAGACGCAGUGCACCAGCGGGAGCAUUCUGAUUCGGGAGUACCAAGUGACAACUCCGAGUCAACACGGCGGAAACGCUUGUCCAGCCGCGGAUGGUGACGAAUACGAGAUAACCUGCCCCACGGAUUGCGUCGGCGAGUGGAGCAAGACACGGCACCAAUUAAAAGCUCAGUGCACGGGAAAUGGGGAGACGUUUACCCGAACGUACACACGUUUGACGGAAGCCGCCCCUGGCAGCGAGAGGACACUCCCCGACGGAACUCCCACAACCUGGGGAACGGCCGGUCAGGCGUGCGCCCACGCGCAGAAGGAAACGGAUUCGAUCACCUGUGCCGAGUACCAGUGCACCUGCACGCACGGAACACCUCUCACCGGGUCGGAGUGUGGUCAGGAAGGGCAGACGCCCGGAUGUGUCGAAGAUGGGUGCCAUGCUGGGCACCACCCGGAGCCCAUCGGUGCUGGCAAAUUUGAGUGCGUCGUCAACCAGUGCACCUGUUCGGUACCAGGCGGCACUGCUGCGACGGGAGUAGACUGCGAUGAAAACGGGUCGACGGAAAAGUGCACCGACUGCAGCGACCUGGACGUGUAUUACAAUGACGGCGGUAUCUGUCGGGAGCACGAGUGCUCUUGCACGCACGGCACCGCGGCAUCCGGUGCGGGCUGCGCCCUUGUAAACGGCAAUAAAGUCGAAAUGUGCACCGAAUGCACGGCCCAAGGGUACUACCUCAACAGCGCUACCAAGCUUUGUGAGGAAAAGCAGUGCACCUGCGAGGGCGGGACGCCGGCCACGGGACCGGAAUGUCCGAAUCACGACGACCAAAAGUGCAUACGAAUUGCAAAAGUUGUAUCGUACUACAUUACUAGUACAACUAGUAGUAGUGUACCUACUCGAAAUGAUCGCAUGACAAAUUUUCUCAGCAUGAGAUAUGGAAACUGUGAUGCGGAUUCACCUUGAGAACGAGAUUUGUCAAGCAUGAUUGCGAUUACUACGAGUGCGAUCAUACUUUUGCAAUUCACAGUGCACCGUUUGCAACGACGCUGGGCUCCGGCUAACCGAGGACGGUGAGUGUCUGCAGAACAGCUGCAACUGUGUAUUACAAUGAGAAAUGCCCUCACCCCCAGCUUGGCAGCCUCUGUAUUGCAAACCUUUCCAACAGAAACAUUCUCCAUCUUGCAUAUCUCAGCAUCACAAAUUUUCCAUGCUGAAUAGGUCAAAUCUGUGUUGCGAAGUAGCCCAACAGCAGCCGGAUCUGUUAUGCACAAGGCACCUUGCCUGCCCUGAUUCUGCAUCAGAAACGCUCGCAAUUCUUUUAUGCAAGACAAAAAGCUUUCACUUGGAAACUUUGCAUGACAAACUUCUGCAAAUUUCGGGGUGGGGGCAUUUUUCACUGUAAUACUGUGCGCAGGGCACGGCCGCGGUGGGCGCGCACUGCACGAGCAACAACGGCCACAUUUGCGCAUCCUGCGAGCACGACGGAUUGCGAUUGGAAGUAGAUGGAGACUCUACUUUUUGCAAGCAAAACGUCUGCACGUGCAACAACGGCACGAAAGCCGAGGGUGUUGAUUGUACAAUGCACAACGCGGAAAUCUGCGUGUCCUGCGAGCACGACGGAUUGCGAUUGGAAGUGGAUGGGGAGUUUACUUUUUGCCGGCAAAACGUCUGCACGUGCAACAACGGCACGCAAGCUCAGGGUGUUGAUUGUACGGAACACAAUGCGGAAAUCUGCGCGUCGUGCGACCAUGACUGGCUUCACGUGGACAAGAGCGAACACUGUGUGCAAAACGUCUGCACGUGCGCGAACGGGGAGGAGGUCAGUGGUGAAGCGUGCAAACAGCACGGGCUAGAGAAUUGUGCCAGUUGCGAUGCCAAUGCCGGUUUUGCGCCGUUCACGGUAGUUGAUACUCGCGGGGAACAAGAGGACUCUGAUACGGAAGUAGUAGAAGAUGCGGGAGCUGCAAACACGACAACCAUGGAGGCCGUCCACCAAGUUAUUUGCUGGCCCACGUGUGCGAUGCUGAAAAACCAGUGUAGUAGUACUGGAGGCGACCUAGUAUAUGCAUUGCAAAAGUAUCGUACUAGUAGUAAUCGCAUUACAAAUUAGCUCCGCAUGACAAAUGGAAUUUGUAAUGCUGUUUUACUUUGAGAUAAAAAUUUGUAUUGCAUGACUGCGAUUACUACGAGUACGAUACUUUUGCACAGGAUAUAGUGCCCGAAGGUGCCAUGAUCGUGCCGGACGAGAGGCAAAACACCUUUUGCACAGACCCGGCUAUCAAAUGCAAGUAUGUCCGGGUCUGGGAGGUUGCCAGAUUUGUCAUGCUAGUCUGGCAUGACUCUGAACUCUGUAUUGCGUGGCCGCGAAAAGAGCUUCCUAUCUGUCAUGCAAAAACGCAGUUUCUCAUGCGGAUUACGCAACUCUGAACCACGGAAAAACUUGUCAUGCUGGACAGCGCAUUACAGUGAGCUCACUCGUCCCUUUCUUGCGUCACAAGUUUCCAGACCCAGACAUUUUUGCAUUUGAUACCGGCCACCGCUUUACAACUUUCCUCGCCAGACGAGACCGGAUCUUCAUCUUCGUUUGUCUUGCGCCUGGAAAAGUACGUGCCUGGCAUUCCGGAAUGUGAGGCGGCGUGUUGUGUGGAAGCGAGCACAACGUCGACCACGACGACAACGACUAUGGCUCCUGCGAACGCCACCAGCAUCGACGAUUUGCGCGACAUUAUCGCUGUCGCGGCAAACUGUGAAUUGGCGGUCGCCUUGCUGCGAGGGUUUCUGCAGCCUUUCGUUGCGGCCGAGACCAUUACGCAGUCGGCCAUGGACACACUUGUCGCUGAUCUGCUCGCCGCGUGUCAGCAAGGAGGGGGUGACAACUCCACAGCUAUGGAUCACGUGCUCGACGAAGUGGAUGACGUGAUCUCCACGGUAACUGGCGGUGGAGCAGAAGCUCAACAACCAAAAGAAAUCGUCUUCAAAGACGAUGAGACCACAUCAACCGAAGAGCCACAGGGAGCAGGAGCGGAGACACUGGAAGACACCUCCAAAGAGGAAACAGCAGGCGUGGAUAUGGUCUGCAUCAUUCUGCUCGCCGGGGCUGCGCUGCUUCUCCUGCUCCUCUGUCUUGUCAUUUUCUGUUGCUUCUGUCGCGGUGCGAAAGACGACGAGAAGGAGCCGGGAAACGAAUUAUCCCAAAAGUUGUUGCGGGAUUCCGCCGCGGGGGCAGCGGCCCCCGGGGCUGAGGAGGGUGUCUCUGUGGUCGUGAAGAAUUCGGACGGCCACACCCCCGUAGACUUCGCCCGCUCGGUGGUCUUGAAGGGCUUCCUGUCCGCCGGAUUGUCGCGGGCGUACGCGGAAAAACUGGCCCAGCAGGUAGAGGACGAAAGUGUCGAGGACGAUGAACUCUUGUUGACGCCCACGGAUCCGAGUGAUUUGCAAAUCCUCCGGAAGUAUGCAUGGCACAAGUACUACCGCACUACAACUAGUAGAAACUGCAUUAGCAUGAAAAAAGGAGUUUGUCAUGCGGGCUUAGCUUGGGAAACAGAAUUAUCAUGCGUAACUGCAAUUAGGUUUAGGACGAGUGCGAUGCUUUUACAAUGCAUAACCCGCUGGGCAUGGACUUUGACGAUUCCGACCCGGAACGGGUGGGCCGCAUGCGGGAAUUCCUCAACAAUGUACAUCAGAAGCAGCAUGAAGACCGGAUUCACGAGCUGCAGGCGGAAGCGCGGAACACGGCGGCGGAGGCAGCAAUCGCGGUAUGCGUUGCAAAUAUGUCGGGGUCUGGAAACUUGUGAUGCGAGUUGGACAAUCAUGAGGAUGCCUCAAUUGAUGACAUCAAAGCAUGAGAAGUUUUUGAGUUGCUAGGUGUUGCCUAUUCCGCAUGGCAAACUGCGUUUCUGCUUCUGCAUGAGAGAAAAUUCGAUCGCUCGGGUAAGGUGCAUGACAGACUUGAGGGUCAUGCGGGUCGAGCAUGACAAGCCUUCCACUCUUCCAGACGCAAGCAUAUUUGCAAUCCAUACGCGGCCGAAGAUCACGACGAUUUAGUGGAGGCGAAGAUGCGUUUGAUCGAGAACGGUUACUCGCCUCACCUGGCCGGUUAUCUGGCGGCCAAGUUGCUGGAAAAGCUCGCGGAAAAACGGGACAAAACGGACCCGGACCACAAGGGCCCGCUGAUCCGGAAAAGCGCCGGGAAUGUCAAGAUUACGUUGGAAGACCUGCAAGAGUGGGAUUGGGAGGGCCACGCAGAGCCGGAGGACCGGGCAAAAGUGCAUGCCAUGAUCGACGCGGCUAUCCACAGUAAAUCAUUUUCCGUACACGUACAAAUGCUGUUUCUGCAUGAGAGAAGUUGCCUUCAAUCUCUAUUACCAUGACAGGUUUGACACUCCACGUUACGGAAAUUUGUCAUGCAUUUUGUACAUGUGCGGGAAAUUUGUAUUGCAUAAUGGCUGUGGAAAGUGCCUUCGAAGCGGAUUUUCAAAACUACCACCACCACUACGGCGAGGAUCUGGAGCAGACUAUGCAUUUUGCAACAGCAUCGUGGUACUACGUAUAAAUUGCAUCACAAAUUAGGACAGAAGUGGAGUUGUUUGUGUAAUGCUGAUUCAGGUUGUGAACAAAGAUAUUUGUGAUGCAAGACUGCGAUUUGCUCGAUACUUUUGCAGUUCAUACAGACCACGUUGCGCCGCUCGGUGGACGAAUUGGACCUGCACGAAUUUGACAAAUAUUUUUCCAUCAUGCCGGACAAGCACCAUUACAAACUCACCGGGGGAUCCUCUACCCUCCGAAGCGGUGUGUCCGCAACUUCUUCACGCCCGUCACAAGGCAGUGCCGAUAAGCAGCAGAAAGAACCGCAGCAGCAGGCCGCGGGAAGUACUACCGCCCGGGGUGCGAGCUUUGUGGACCGCGUGAGUGCAGCGAUUGACAACUCGCGCGACACUGGUGCUGCGGGACCGCUGCUUCCACCUCUGGCGACCGGGAUGUACGAAGUGUCUGGGAUUAGCAGUGCGAUUACUGGUGGGUCUGGUAAAUUCGCGCAGGCGAGCGCGACACGGCGUGAUUCACAAGAAGGAUUCAAGCCAAAAAGCUCCGCAAAAGUGGUUGAGUCCGCCCAGUUUGAGGCCGGGUCACGUACCGGUACGGAAGAAGAGGGAGCUAGCGGACAUGAGGUAUGCAUUGCAAAAGCAUCUGUAUCGCACUCGCAGGUGGAAGUGAAGUCUCGCAUGUUGGCAGAUGCGCUUUUCUACCCGAUAACUCCGCAUAACAAGUUCCAUUUUCCAUCAUACUAGUUAGACAAAUUUAUCUAUUGCCCUGCACUUACACUACAACGUAGAUGCGCGAUACUAGCAUAGCUUUUGCAAUGCAUACAUUGGUACUGCGCCGAAGAAGAAGAAAAAAGUUGCUGCGAAGAAGAAAAAGGCCGCGGCACCGCAUGGGGCGGUGAAACCGGAUGAAGAUUCCGAAUCGGCGGGAAGCGCGGAGAAGAAGGCGAAAGGAAUGCGCUGGGUGAAAACCGGGAAGAAAAGGACCGUGAGAGUUACCAAAUCUGGAGACGAGCAUGGUAGCUAUCAAAGAAAAAAGUUCGUCACGAUCACUCAUGCGCAUUCUUGCAAUACAAAAUUGUUUGUCAUGCGUAAAAAUGCAUCACAGCCAAACUUUAUCAGGGAUUUCCCUAGUGUUUCUGCAAUACAAGGAAAGUUUGUGAUGCUGAGAAAAUUUGUAAUGCAAAACCUGCAAGUUAGUGACUGUGACAAACUUUUUUCUCUCCAUAGUAGCAGUAGCAACCCGAGUAGCAGAGCCAGCAGUCGGGCCAAAAGCCCGAAGUCGGCCGCCGCGAUGAAAAAAAAAGUUGCCUCGCCAGCGUACACAACAAGUGACAGCGAGCCGCACGCAGACCUGCCGUCGGGGAUUUUUCCCGCCCCCGAUGGGAUCGACAGCUUUGCCUCCCCAAAAUCGCUGUUUGCCGAGCUUUCGCCCGCCGAAAAACUGCUUUUGGAAAGCGCGGAGCACGCCCUGGUCGCCACCGGAUUCGUCAAAGCGCAUGCGAAGCACCUGGCCAAGAAAAUCGCCGCGGUACCGGUGGAAGCGCACAACCAGGAAACCGUGGGUCUGACGAAGCCCGAGCAGGAUGCGGUGGCGAAGGGGCUGAAUGGGGCAAAGGCGACGAAUUUGGAGGAGCUUACCGAGGUGUUGGUGGAACAGAAAAAAGAUUUUUUCGCCUCACACCUCUCCGCCCGUGGAGCCGAGCUCCAGUCUCGCACCGCAGUGCAGCAGCAGCAAAAAGAACACCGGUCCUUCCUGUUUUCCAAAAUCACUGGGGCCCCCGCCACCUCGAACGCCACCAAAAUUUUAAGCGGAGCUGGUGCUGGACCGACGUCGACGUCGAGUGCUGGGGUCAAAGCAAAAAAGAAGGUUGCUGUGAAGAAAAAAGUAGCGGCACAGAAAUGAGCAUGAAGUACAAGAGAUGCAGCGGACGCGAGCUCCUGCGCGACCUGUCGAGGAUAACCAUCCUGACAGGCAAGAAAAGGGUAUUCAAAAGAACCAGAACGAAUUGAAUUUAACGCAAUAGACUAAGAUUUUUCUUCACCUCGUUUUGAACUUUUCUAUUUCACAGAAUCGGUUUUCCGCUUGUUGAGGUUCAGUUUUAAUAAUUGUUUCACUUUCAAAGAUCGUUGCACAGUUCAGUAGACGAGUACGGUUGUCGACUUGAAAAUUUUUUACGUUUCGUUCUUAUCAGCUCUUCUAGCUUUCACUUUCUUUCUCUCGUUUUCUUUAAAUUUCCAACACAUCCAGACUUUACGUACGAGAUAGCUAUCCAGAGUUUCAUCUAUCUGAAUACAUUCGAGUGCUGCUUGACAGUGCUGCUUGAAUUAUUGCAAUUUUAGGAACAUUUUACAAAUUUGAGUUUUGGUUUUCAGUUGGUUCAUAUUUCAAUUUACAUUUGCCGCCCUUGUUGAUUUCCUUCGUUUAUGUUUUAUCAAUCUCAUCUGUCAAUAUUAGAACCUGUAAGCCUUGUACGUUUUAUUUUUGACUCAGAAGUUUCUGGACCACGACGACGUCCACCUGUAGUUUAUUUUAGCACCGAAGUUGAAGUAUAAAAACCUGCAUAAUGAUCUUCGUCUUCCACAACUGUAUAAUUUUAUGCUCAUCUAAAAAUGUGAAAUUAAUUGCUACUGAAGACAAAAAUGAUACAUAGCAGUUUGCUGAGUUUCGCUGAAAAAUUUAUUUUUGUGUACAUUACGUUUUGAAAAAAGUUGUUUAUUCAUUGACGAAA